AUGCUGGCCUCCGCCACCUGGUCAGAGAUCGUGGCGGAGAUCCCCAGUGAGAAGGUGGUCCCUGCGCCUCCGUCCAGGAGUAGACGCGUGCUCCCCGGCCUGCAGACCCCCAAGCUCAGGAAACGCCAGCCACUGACCUGCAGCUUCCUCUUUACAAAGUCCCUGAGGACGCGCACGGCUGCUGCUGCGGUGGCCUCCGCGGGCCUGGGCCGGGGUCCCUCGCCCUCCGCCGGGCGGGCCGGCCGGUCGUGGGCCAUGGGGGCCGCUGAUGAGAACGCACAGCCGCUUGGCAACCGAGACUGGCGAGAGCCGCAGGCACCAGGAGCGGGCAGAGAGCGCCGGGGUGACGGACCGGCCGGCCCACGCGAUGGCCCGGACGCUGCGGCGCUCCAGGGCGAGGCCACGAUCACGGGGAGGGCGGGGUCCGGCCGGCGGCGCGGCGCGCGGUCCCCACUUGCAGGAGGCGGCGGGGACAUCGCCGCAGCGCGCUCGGUGACCGGAGUCCAGCCGCAGACUCGGCACACGGCACCCCCCCGCGCCGCCCCCGCUCUCUGGCUUCGGGCUCAGCCGGCUUCAGUGCAUGAGUCAGUGAGGACCGAGCAACAAGCACCCAGUCCGAGGGCUCAGACAGUGGACGCCCGCGCUCACGUCUGCGGGCCGGAAGUCCUCCAGGCCGGUGCUCCCGCCCCUCUCCUCACCUUUCCCCCGGUCCGCACACGCCGUUCCUCUGCGCAUGUCUGUGCCCUGGGCGCCUUGCUCACAAGGACGCGACUCAUACGGGAUCAGGGCCACCCUAACGAUGUCGCUGUCAUCUAA